GCUCCUGCACCAAACUCUCGCCACCGAGAAGACCUAGACUGCACCACAUAUAUACGUACAUACCUCCACACCCACAGAACAAUGAAGGUCAUCUCUACUGUAGGCGCGGGCCUGGCGUGCGCUUCCUGCGCCUCGGCGUUCGUAGCACCUUCCUCCUUUUCGCGGGUGAUCAGCAGCUCUCCCGCAGCAUCCAAGGCGCUACGCAUGGCGGAGGAGGUCGCCGCCGAACCGGAGGCGGCGGUGGAGCCGGAGCCGGUGCCCGCGGGCCCCGCGAUGUCCGCGUCCAUCCCCUUCUUGGAGCAGCCCAAGAACCUGGAGGGCAUGGUCGGAGACAUCGGCUUCGACCCGUUCGGGUUCGCGACCAUCUUCCCCGUUAAGUUCAUGAGGGAGGCCGAGCUCAAGCACGGCCGCGUUGCGAUGCUUGCUGUGGUGGGGUGGCUCGUGUCGGAGGUGGUGCACGUGCCCGGGGCUGCGUACAUGUCGGAGAACCCCGUGGAUGCUAUGGCGGCGGUCGGGCCCGGCCCCAUGUUGCAGAUCUUCUUGUUCUGCGGGUUCCUGGAGUGGAAAUUCCACAACGGGAAGAUGACCAUGGACAACAUGCACGAGGACGGGAACGAGCCCGGAGACUUCGGGUUCGACCCGAUGAUGCUCGCCAAGAAGCCCGCGGACGUGCGCGAGAAGUACCAGUUGCAGGAGAUCAAGAACGGCCGCCUAGCCAUGUCCGCCAUCGGCGGCCUCAUCCACCAGUCGCUCCUGCUCGGCGGCGGCGUACCGUUCCACGCGUAAAUUGGCGUUACGUUACGCCGCCGUGAUGUCGCCGGCGAAACGCUUGCGCUCGCUGCACGCAAAUCACCACAGCUGAAGGAUGAGGAAAGUUCUGAGAAAUUUCUGGAUUUUUUUUGUGCUUUUGACGAAUGUGUUGAGGGGAGCGUAGUAGCGGGACUCAUGUCCAAAAAUCAUAAUCAAAGCUCACGAAUUUUUUCCUACCCUUCUCGGUGGAUUAAUAUAAAGCAAGGGUUCCUUGCUGGUUUUGAUUUCGGCCGUUGGGAGACGAUGAACACGCGUAGUUUGAGGGUGAGGCGAAGACGUCGGGGGGGCAAAAGGUGCAGCUAGCUGGCGAAGUCCCCGCUGCCCGUGAUUUGUGCCUGUAUUUUGGUCACGCCCGAUUUUGUAUGCAGACUUGCAGUCGACGGGGCGGGGAGGGUUGCUGCAGGUGUUGCAUGGCGCGUAUGUUAGAAAUUUAGAGGCGUGUCUGGACAGGGUCUUUAGGCAGAGCUGGCGCUAAGGGCGGACUAAGAAUAUGCCGUGGUCGCCACCCAACCCGUUCCUUCGUUAUAUUUUUUCGCUUUUGGUCCCUAUUGGAGUGAGUUUUGAGUUGCCUCUCUCCCCUGCCUUUUUCGUUAGAACGGUUGGCUGCCUGAGGACAUGACUUUCCCCACGGGCGUUUUACGACGUGUUGCUGCGUGCGGCUGGAUGGCCUUUAGCCGUACGAGACUCGCGUCAUUGUUCAUGUUACGGUUGUUGGCUCUUUCUUGCUCUUAUCGGAUGUUGGGUUCCGGGGGGGGCAAGGUUAAGCAGUCGGGAGACAGUGCGUAUGCUCUCCUCUUCUGCGCUUUAAUGAAACGAGUUAACAACACGAGUUCUCAUGGAUG